AUGACUUUGAGCGAGUUGGUGACAUUUAUUGAAAAUGAUCGCAAUCAGCAAAAAGAUGCCAAAGAUCAAGAUGUUGAACAAGAGAAGUUAGAUCAACUUUUAAAUCGCUUAUUACAAGAUUUAUCGGUUAAAGCAGCAUCACAACUGGCUGCGGAUCUAACAGGCAUCAAAAAGAAAAUCGCUUAUCAACGUGCUUUAGAGCUGACUAAUCAACAAUAA